CCAUCUCCUGCCACGAUGCCACAUUACAACCCUAGAACUGUAUUGAAUUGCAUACACUCGCCCGAACUCUACCACCAUGAACCGUCCGGAUUUCGCAAUGACGACGGGGGAUGAAGACGACACCCAAAGUUACCGGACUCCCCUCUCGUUGAUCAUCAAGACUAUCGUCACCCACGGAUUUGCUUUGGCAUGCUACACCUACACAUCCAACCUACUGCGCCGGCCAAUGCGUAACAACAUCUACGUCUUACGUGUCCUUUUCUUUGCAUUUGUCCCCACGCUUCCGCUCGUUGAAUUAGUCGGUUCCGCAAUCAGAUCUCUGGCCCAGUUCAUACGGAACUACGAGGACGACGAUGAGAUCCACCUCUGGUACUAUGUAUGCGGUGCACUCGGCGUGAAUGCCACACUCUCACAGUCCGACGACAACAAAGACGCCAAGGCUGCGUCGAACAACCUACCUCUUCUUCAGGCGGGAAGCCAUUUCGUCGAGCGGACACGGUACAAAUUGGAUGUUGUUUGGUUCGGAAAGCUGGUGGCUGCCCUUUUCGGGCUCACUCAAGCAGUCGGUACAAUCGUAAUGUACGUACGGCGACUCAACCAUAACGACUACUACUGCCUCGGAUUCGACCACCGCAACGGGGGAAUGGGCAUUGCAUCCGCCAUCUGCGGCGGCAUCAGCAUCAUCGUGCUCUUAUUACGGCUUGACUGGAAAGUCAGCAAGUCGUUCGAGGCCCCAGCGGUCUCGCGUACGCCGUCGCCGAAAACACAGUUUGCGGCCGAAGCUGUUCUGGCCCUGCUCACCCAUCUUGGAAUCGCCUGUGCUUUCGGUGGAGACAACAGAUUUCUUUACUCUUCGGUUGGAUCAAUCGCGUGGCUUUUUACCAAGAAUCUGAAAGUUUUCCUGUACGCCUGGCAAUCGAUCUUACUCCUCAUAUUUGUCCUCGUAUUCCGGAAAGAAAUUGCAAGGAGGAUCGGUAUGAACUUUCCCUCAGUCGGGAAAAGAAUCCAGACUUUGUUUGCCAGUCGGCAAUUCAAAAGAGUCCAAGCUCUGGUCUUAUUCUAUCUUGUCAUGUGGGCUAUUGUGGAUAUCAUCUGGUUAUUCGUUACCGAUAUCAUCAAGCUGGUGCGAGAGAGUCAUCACCCAGACCGGGAUUACUGGUGGCAGGAUCCUAUAUCAGACUCUAUUAUAGUAAUAUGAAAGACCAGGGCAUCAGUCUACUUCUAAUUUAAUGACAACGUUUGACCUACUG